CGAUACGAUCGAUCUAAUUGUAAUAUUAGAUUACAUAAGAAUUACUUCAUUGAACGUUUAUAAAUCUACAAAUAUAUUUCAUUUUCUCGCAUGACGACAACUGAUCCAUGUAAAAAGUUUGCAUGUAAAUUACAGCAGUGCUUAAAAGUUGAUUAAUUUUAGAUAACGUAUAUCAACCAUCACGUUGCGAGAAAGUACUAGAGGAAAUAAGACAGUGUUGCAUCGUAUAUUUUGCUUCUUCAAUAGUUUGUGAUGGUAUAGAUAUUUCUAAACCAUACGAGCAUAAUACUGUAGAUUAUAGAAAAGCUCAAAAAUAGGAUUCAUCAUGAUGAACGAAAAUUUAAAAACUAACUUAAUCAGAGGUGUUAAUGCUUUUGCAGUAGGUCUAUUUUUAUGGACUUUAUAUCAAACAUCACAAGUACCAAAACUUCCACCAAAAAAGAAAUCAAAGUAAAUUUAAUAUUUUAACAAGUAAUGGCUCAUAAAUAGUAGAUUUAUAUAUUUACUUAUUUAAUAUAUAUAUACAUAUAUAUAUAUAUAUAUAUUGAUAUGUAGUAAAUAAUAUGAUAUGUAGUUAAAAAUGGAAGCAGUAAAAAAGGCAAAAGAACGAUUUAAAAAGUAUCCUAUUAUUGUUGCACAAUGUCAUGAAUCUGGAGCUAAAUAUGCUGCAUGUGUAUUGGCAAAAUCCAACUUACAAAAAGAUGAUUGUAAAAAUGAGUUUAAGGAAUUUAAGGCAUGUUUAAUGAAAGCUGCUGCAAAAAAUAAUAUAAGAUUAUAAAAACAAGUAGAAUUUUAUUUAAUGUUAAAAGAUAUAUUUAAAACCUUAAAAAUGAAUGAAUUAUCAUUUAAGACGCAUUGUAUAUUGGGUUUCUUACUUAGAGUCACUUUAGUUUUUUAUUCAAAUUAUCAUGAUAAAACUUUCAACGUUCCGUACACUGAUGUGGAUUAUAAGGUAUUUACUGAUGCUGCACGUUAUAUAAUAGAAGGAUCAUCUCCAUUUGAGCGAGAUACAUAUCGCUAUACGCCAUUAUUGGCUUUGCUUUUAACACCAAAUAUUUUCAUAAAUGAAAAUUUUGGAAAAAUCUUAUUUUCUUUUGUUGAUAUUUUGGUAACCGUUUUGAUAAAAAAAAUCUUAAUCUUACAAAAUUCUAAUAAGCAACAUACGUGUACUUUUAUAUGGCUCUAUAAUCCUUUCACGAUCGUAAUUUCAACCAGAGGAAAUGCAGACACUGUAACAGUCUUUUUAAUUAUGCUAACUUUAUAUUUAUUUUUAAAAGAUAAAUUCGUUUUAACAGGUUUAUUUCAUGCUUUAUCAAUCCAUUUUAGAUUAUAUCCUAUAGUAUUUAGUAUACCUAUAUAUUUUUCCCUUCAAGAUAAAAAUUACUUUAUACCAAACAAAAAUCAGUUAAAAUUAGUAAUUAGUUGUAUUUUCUUGAUUAUUUGUUUAACAACUAUUAAUUACUAUUUCUAUGGUUAUAAAUAUAUUUACGAAAGUUUUAUUUAUCAUAUUACACGCAAAGAUACGAAACAUAAUUUUUCUGUUUAUUUUUACAUGUUAUAUUUAUCUGCUAAUUAUCCGCCUAAUAUAAUUGAAAAAAUUUUAAUGUUUUCACCGCAAUUGAUAUUGCUACUAUUAUUAUCAUAUAAAUAUUCAAAUAAAUCUUUAUUACCAUUUGUAAUGUUUAUACAGGCCAUGAUAAUAGUAACAUAUAAUCCGGUAUUAACAUCGCAAUACUUUUUUUGGUAUUUAUCUUUAUUGCCAUUAUGUCUUUCACGGUUUGGAUUAAGCGUUUAUAGAUCACUAUUUCUAUGUUUUAUUUGGAUCUUUAGUCAAAGCGUUUGGUUAUUAGUUGCUUAUUUAUUGGAAUUCAAAGGAUUGAAUACUUUUACAUAUAUUUGGAUAGCUAGUUUAUUUUUAUUCAUUGUCAAUAUUAAAAUCGUGAAUGAUAUUAUUACAUACUAUAAAUAUUGACUAGAAAUUAGAAAAUAAUGAUUAUUUUAAAUUAAUAUAUUUCAUAUGUAAUUCUUUAUAUAAUUAGAAAUAAAAUAUAUCUUAUAUCCAAUGUGAAAUUUUGUGAAAAUAAAAAAAAAAAUAAACUAGAAUCAAAAAAAAAA